AUGGCCAACAUACUGAGACCCUGGUUGAUCCUCAUAGCCCUCGUGCUGUGCGUGCUGGUUUGUCUGGGCACCUUCACGGAUGCCUACUCGACCAAGCCGGUGAGCCCCGACAACAACGCGCCUCCGGAGGAAUGGGCCAGAUACAACAUGGCGCUGCGACACUACAUCAACCUCAUCAACAGACAGAGGUGAGUGAGUUCAGCACUCUGUAGGCUAACAUGUUAUCAACAUGGGAAAACCUUGUCUUAGAUAUGGCACAAGAGUCAGAGAUAAUGCAACGUUUCAGCCUAUUAGGGGGGAAAACAAUUUAUCAAACCAGGUUUAUGGGAAUGGAACCUCCUACUGACAAUCAAUAGAUUGAUAGCAUAUUCCUUCACUCAAUUUUAAUACAAAGGCAACAAAAAAAUCCCACUCCUAAAUUCCAAUAAAAUGUUGCUGAUAUUCUUAAGAGGGUCAAAUUACCACUAUAGCCAAGGUCACAGGAGAAGUUCUGAGGGGACAAGAGACAUUUGAACUAAGCCUGAGAAUAAUGAUGUUCUCUUGGCUUUCCAACCAGCCUGUUGUUCUGAACACUGUUAUAACAUAACUUCAUUCCAGUUUUGGCAAGCCACAUAUGCAGCAGCAUUAUACAGACAGAGAGAUUAGUAUUUUGAGAACAGAGUGCAGUUAUUAAAAAUAAUGAUGGUAUGGACAGGAAGGAAAAGGAGCCUGGUUUUGCUAUAGGCAUUAAGUUAAUGUCCUGCCUCUGUGUUUUGUGGGCAAGAGGAAAGCUCAACAUGAAUUGCUCCUGUCUCUCUCUGUGUGUGUGCGUGUGUGUGUGCGUGUCCGUGCAUCCAUGGUGUGUGUGCAUAUGUGUGUGUGCCUGUGUAUAUGUAUAUGGGCUUGUACGUUUGUGGCUCAGAGAUUUCAUGUAGGCCUAUAGAGUUUGAUGGAUCCUGAAACCAAUCCAGUCUCAGACUGCAGUCUAUCAUUAAAUAGAUUAUCCGGUACUUUUGUAUACUUUUUAGGCAGUAGUUCUAAAAGCAGCACUCAUGAGCCAAAAGUGGUCCCCGAAAAUUGUCUACGUAUGUACCUAUUGCGUACAUAUUGCGUACAUAUAUGAACUACGUCAUGCUCUCUCUCUCUCUAUCUCAUCAUCGCUCUCUCUCUCUCUCUCUCUCUAUCUCUCCUCUCUCUCUCGCCUCUCUCUCGCUCUCUCUCUCUCUCUCCUCUCUCUCUCCUCUAUCUCUUCUCUCUCUCUCUCUCUCUCUCUCUCUCUCUCUCUCUCUCUCUCUCUCUCUCUCUCUCUCUCUCUCUCUCUCGCUCUCUCUCUCUCUGUGCUGUGUCUACUGAGCCAUUGGGCACGCCCUGCAACCUCAAUGGAUAACGCUGGGCCGACUUCUUGAUAGCUGUCACUCAAAUGCGAGGGGCUGAAACUCAUUGGCUAGAACUCGAAUUGCUAGGGGGCAGGCACACGUGGGGGGAAAUGUAGGGAAAAUGGCACGGCACAGCUUCAAGAAAACAGUCGCUUUCAAACUAGGGAUUUCGUGGCUAAUUGAGGUAAAACAGUAAUUCUGCUCAUAGAUUAUGCAUGUAUGAACUACACAUUGACACAUCCAGCCCAAAGCGCAAGGUUUAAAAAAUACUUUCUUAGUCGUCAAUGAACCGGAGCAUGUCUUUAAGAGGGCUGGAGCUGUCAAUGCACUACAAGAGCUGUGUGCCAUGCAGUUCAGCCCCUCUUGUUCUCACACAAAGGGAGAUUCACUCCUCAUUGGCAAAGCAUUGAUUUCAGUAAAGAUGAUUUAAAAGCCUUGGCACUGUCUGUGGAGCCGAGGAUUGCUUGCCUUGCUGAGCAUUGGGCAUUGGACUUUCAAAUCUCUCCUCGUUUGGAGCUAAUUGCUUGAGAUAUGUGUUCUUGCCUCUGGAGAUAAAAAUGGUAUAGGUGAUUAGUGAGUAGUGAGUACACACACUUGGGCAGGGGUCCCCAUUACAUUCAGCCGUGGGCCUAUUUUUCCUUGCGAGGAUGGUCGGGGAGCCGGAACACACAGUAGUUAUAAAUCAUUUGUACACUGCAAAUUGACAGCAAGAAUUCCAAACAGAUAUAGUAUUUGACAAAAACUGAAUAAUUACAUACCUUCAUUACAUUGGGAUAUGAUCACAAAUUCCUCGCUAUUUAUGCGUGGGAAUCCUUGCGAACAGAUUUCCUAAAUUAAAAUCACUUUGAGCUGAUUUCCUGGUGAUUUUACAGUCUUUUAUGUCCAACAAUAAUACUUAUCAAAUAUUUUGCUCAGAAGACUUGGGGGGUCAAAUAAAAUCCCCUGUGGGCAGAAUUUGGCCCACGGGCCACCUAUUGGGGAACCCAGCAGUAGGGUAUUCAUACCGAUAAUGCCUAUGUAUUUUCUUGAAACUUUGGCUCUAUCUCAAUACAUUUUUCCUUGAUUCUUGGCAUCCUCUUUCUUAAAACGCAUUGAGAAGGAGUUCUGAAGGGAAGGACCUCGGAUCUUCUCCUCCAAUACGGUUGCGAAUAAGGCAAGAACACGAGGAAUCUCGGAAAGACAAAUUGAGGUAGUGCCUUGGAAUACAUGGGGCUGUCGACGAUGAGGUGGGCAGGCUAUUCAUUGCCACAAGGGGACACGAUAUGAUCAUAGGAUCCCUGUUAGCAUACUCCAGCAAGUAAUGUAAAUCUCUUGGUGACAUACAGUAUGUGAUGGUCUCUGUGUCCACUAGGUAUGGGAAGAGGUCUGCAUCUGAGUCAGCUCUGGCGUGGUUGCUGUUCAGAGACGAGUCGGAAGGCGACUUAACACCACGGUGA